AUCCACUUCUCUUGCCUUCUCCUUCUUGGUGAACAAGGUACACCUCCAUCCCACAGCCAUGUCCUGCUUCGAUCUGUGCCGUCCCUGUGGCCCGACCCCGCUGGCCAACAGCUGCAAUGAGCCCUGUGUGAGGCAGUGCCAGGACUCCCGUGUGGUGAUCCAGCCCUCUCCCGUGGUGGUGACCCUGCCUGGUCCCAUCCUCAGCUCCUUCCCCCAGAACACUGCUGUGGGAUCCAGCACCUCUGCUGCUGUUGGCAGCAUCCUGAGCCAGGAGGGAGUGCCUAUCUCUUCUGGAGGCUUUGGCUUCUCUGGCCUGGGUGGCCGGUUCUCUGGCAGGAGGUGCCUGCCAUGCUAAAGCCAAGGUGGACGUCCUCUGAGCGCAUCCCAGUGAUGCUCGAAGCCAGGCACCAGACUGAGGAUGUAGCUGCUGGCCAGGGUUUCCAGAUGGGCUAAGCACCCUCCUGCCCUCCUGCAAAGCAGAGAGGGAAGCCAGGGUGCCAGCCUGUGCUGUCUGGAAACACAGCCAGCAAACAUCUUCUUCUCCUGCUUUCUUCUCAUCAUCACAAGUCUUCGUUGUCUCGUUGCUGUCCUGUGCCAUGGGUUCAUCCUGAAGCAAGCUGAGAGGGCCCUACUUCUUCCUCUCGCCACAUGAGGGAGGAAGACAUGCAUCCUAUUGUGGCAAAGUUUGCCAGCUGAUUGCCAAUCUGUUUACCAGCUGCCUUUGUAGCAGCUUUAAACUAUGCGCUGCUUUGAUUCCUUCUUUAGAUUCAAUAAAAUUUAUGCUGCAUUGUAAUCUCA